AACCUUUCAGCCCACAACACGUGUUCAACCAGAUUGGAGAAUGCAAUGCUUGAAAUGAAACAGCUACUGCAAAGUUGUACAGUUUUCUGACGAAACAUUUUAAAUGACCAGUAAAGAAUGACGACAGAACAGGAACGUUAUGUAAAAGUGACUGAAGAUGUGACCAGUGACGGAACUGCGGAACAGACUGAUCUUGCAAAAGAUGUUGGUCAGAGUGAAUGUGCUGCUGAGGUCCACAUCGAAGAUCAGGAGGAGGAGGAGGAAGUGGAUGGUUCAGAGGUGGACCAUGAAGAAGACGCCAGCACAGCCGAUCUUGGUGAAGAGGACCAAUUCAUGGAUGAGGGAGAUGGACAAGACUUGAAAAGCGGCAAAAAGACUGUACCAGGAAUAGUGUAUAUUGGACAUAUACCUCCCAGGUUACGACCCAGAUAUCUUAGGACCAUGCUUGGUGCUUAUGGAGAAAUCGGGAGAAUUUUCCUGAUGCCUGAAAGUCGAAUGGUCCGCAGGAAGAAAAAGAAGUCUGGCAGUAAUGCCAGCAAUUUCACUGAGGGCUGGGUGGAGUUCAGAGACAAGCGCAUAGCCAAAAGGGUGGCCAUCACCCUCAAUAACACACCCAUUGGAAACCGCAAGAAAAGCCGCUUUGCUGCUGACCUCUGGUCCAUGAAGUAUCUGCACAGGUUUAAUUGGUGCCACCUGAGUGAGCGGCUGGCCUAUGAGCAGACUGUGUAUCACCAGCGCAUGAGGACAGAAAUCACUCAGGCCAAGAAGGAGACCAACUUCUACCUGGCCAGCGUGGAGAAGAGCCAGACCCUGGACAAGAUCCGCAAGAAGAAGGAGAAAAAGGGCGAGAAGAUGGAGGAGAAGACGUGGGACUUCAAACAGCGGCGCACCGAGGAGGAGAUCCAGACGGGCAAGGCGAAGAACCUCUCGAAGAAGAACCUCCAGAAGGCUCAGGAGAAAGCUAAGGUCAUCCAGCAGAAGGCCCAGUCCAACACCUCUCUGCUGGCCAAGAUCUUCAACAGUGGAAGAGCACAGGACUGAACUUAUUCAAGUCAUGCCUCAAUAUUCAGACAAACUGAAUAUACAUAGACUUUACCAGUAUCAGUGGUUUGACACUGUUUUUGUGCCUCUUGAUGGAUCUUUGUUGAGAAAUUGGAAUAUUUUUUCCAUAAAUUGCAUGAGUGCUAUCCACGGCACUUACAAAUAAACUGUAGGCAUGUUGUUUUACUAA